UCCAGGGGGACCAUGGUGAUGUUGAAGAUCUCCGCUUUCCUCGUCGCCUACGCCCUGGUCAUCUGCCAGAUGUACUGCUCACAAGCCGCCCCCGCCAGACCGGCCCUCCAGUCCAUGUCGGAGCGCGUCACGCUCACGGACUACGAGGCGCGGCGGUUACUCAACGCCAUCGUCAAGGAGUUUGUGCAGAUGACGGCGGAGGAGCUGGAGCAGCAGGCGACCGAGGGGAACAGCGUGACAGCGCAGAAGCGAGCGUGCAACACGGCGACCUGCGUGACGCACCGCCUGGCCGACUUCCUGAGCCGGUCGGGGGGGAUGGGCAACAGGAACUUCGUGCCCACCGACGUCGGCGCCAAGGCCUUCGGCAGGCGGAGGAGGAGCUUCCAGAUGUGACCUGCAGGGACACGAGGUCGAAACCCGACAAGAGAGAAAAAAAAAACCAGAAAGAAAAACACGAGAACAAAAAAACAAAAAAUCAAC